AUGCUGCAUUGGGUUCAAAUGGCCCAAACGGGUAUAACAGCCCGUUUGGAUCUUGGAGAGCAAAAGAACCUGGCCACUUAUGGAGAGAAAACUCCUCGUCUGUACGACUUUCGCAAUAUUUCCAAAGUACCUCCCACCUACUUGUUCACGGGAGGAAAUGACUGGAUCGCCGAUGAUGACGACACAACUGAUUAUUUACUUCCGCAAAUCGGAUCGAUUCUUCGGCUCAACACGCAUUUAGCCAACUACAAUCACUUCGUUUUCACGUAG